AGCCCCAGGAAGUGGGCGGAGAUAAGGAAGUGUACGGUUAGGUUGCCAUAUCUCCGAGCAGCUUCCGGUGCAUGCGCUGUGCUGCCCGCGGUUGUGAGGUGUGCUUCCCGGGGACAAGCGAUGGAAGCCGAGCAGAGCGCAGAGAGCGGGCAGAGCCAGGUUUCGGAAAACCCCCAUUCAGAGUAUGGGCUCACUGAGAAUGUUGAGAGAAUAGUAGAAAAUGAAAAGGCAAGCACAGAAAAAGCCUCCAAGCAGAAGGUGGAUUUACAAGCCCUGCCCACACGAGCAUAUCUUGACCAAACUGUGGUUCCAAUACUAUUACAGGGUCUUUCAGUGCUGGCAAAAGAGAGACCUCCAAAUCCAAUAGAAUUUUUAGCAGCUUACCUCUUAAAGAAUAAAACUCAAUUUGAAGACAGAAGCUAA